AUGGACCUCCAAUUGCAAGAUGUUCACGUCCUGAUCACUGGCGCUAGUGGCGGCAUCGGGCUUGAGACUGCGCGACUCUUUCUUGAACAAGGCGCCAAAGUAACGGCCCACUACAAUUCCAAUCGCACCACUCUCGAAAGUCUUCUAUCCGACUUUGGCUCCACACGUGUAUUUGCUGGCCAGGCAGACCUGUGUUCCGAAAACGAUGUGGCGCGUCUCUUCCGCGAAGCUGUUGCUGCUUUGGGCCCUGUACAAGUAGCGAUAAUCAACCAUGGAAUAUGGCCUACCGAGGACGUGCCCGUGUCCGAAAUGCCACUCGAUCGAUGGCGCAAUACCCUUGACACCAACCUAACCGCCGCCUUUCUUGUCGCUCGGGAUUUCCUUAAACAACUCAAGGAUGCGCCUAUUGACCGGAGAGAUAAGGCGUCAAUUUGCUUUGUUGGGUCGACGGCGGGAAAAUAUGGUGAAGCAGGGCAUGCAGAUUAUGCUGUGACCAAGAGCGCUCUCAUGUACGGCUUUACGCUUUCCCUCAAGAAUGAGAUUGUGAAAAUUGCGCCCAAAGGACGCGUCAACGCGGUGGCUCCAGGCUGGGUUAAGACGCCGAUGGCUGAGGAGGCAUUGAAAGACCCGCUGGUCGUCUACCGCGCUUUAGCAACAACUCCGCUCAAGAAAGUCGCAGAGCCCUGGGACGUCGCCACUCAGAUUGCCGUGCUCUCAUCGCCCGCUUUAUCUGGUCAUGUCACAGGGCAGGUUGUAAUGGUUGAGGGUGGAAUGGAGGGUCGUUUGCUCAAUCGCCAAACGAAUGCCGGCUUGGAAGCCUACUAA